AUGGGCAGGAGGAGAUGUAAUGACUUCUUAAAAACAAGUUGUGCGUUGACUGAAGCUUGUCCUUGGACUAAUGCAGUUCUUGGCAAACCAGGUUUUAGUAAAAUUUAUGGUGGCUGUUUUUCUGAAGAUAGAUGAUGUCUGAAUGGACCAAAAACGUCUAAAAUUCCAGCCAACUUUCAAUGUCCAAGUGUUGAUGAGAAGUACAGGCUCUGGGCACUGCAGAUAGCAGCUGGUCUGAACUUACUCAUGAGUGGCCAGCAGCAGGUAAUACUGGUACUCAAUGGAAAGAAAGCAUAUGUGAGUACAUGCACCACAAGUAAGAACAAUCGUUUUGGGGAGCAAUUCUCACAAGCCAUAGAAGUGGUCACAGAAGUUUGUCUCACUUUUACGUGUUUCUCAGAAAAAUUGCAGAAGACUUGGACAGAAAAUGACUUAACUCAAAAAAAGGUUCAAUUAUGCAGAAAUGGGGAAGAAACAGAUUAAUUGAUUAUCAAAUGAGAUGAGGUGCAGCAGAACUUGUAUUCAGCAGCAACAGAAUUAAUUUUGGAAGAAGAUCAACCACCCCUCUCUGAGCACUCAAGAGCAUCACAGGAGCUGACAGCUUCUCUGGAGAUGAUGUAUAGUCGAGAUUCUGAAGCAGAUGACUCGGAGAUAUCUCAACAGUUCUUUGGGUGGCAGAGUGUUAAAAUGAAGAAAAUAAUUUGUGUCAGAAAUAAUAUGGACACAACUCUGCAAAUUCUUGCUGACUGGUUCAUCCAGGAGCAUGAUGAAGCACAGAAGGGAGUAAUUAUGAGUACUUACAAUAAAGCUAUAUAUGAAGUUCACCAUGAGCAAAGUAUAAUCAUUAUCAUACAGAAUAGAUACUUGGCCAGUUGAGGUGAUUCAAAAAACCAGGCAGAGGAAUUGUUGAAUAGAAGACAUGUUAUUUGCUACUUAUUACCUGUUAAGAAAACUGUGAAAAGCUUAAAGGCCCAGUUAAAGUGGAAGCUGUUUGAAAAGAAAAAAUUUUAUAGUGUUGGAAUUUUGGUCGGUUGUUGCUCAGGAUUCCUCACUCUUCCUCAGAGAGCUUUAAAGAAGGAUGAUAAAGUUAAACCUCUUCUCCUGAAUUUGUUCUGCUAUGACAGACUGAUGCCUGAGCAGGUGUUGAGGAAUGAUUGCUUCCUCAUAGCUGAUGUGAUUCCAGUUUCACAGCAAACAGGUAAAGAGUAUGAGCUGCAUAAAAAACAAAAUUCUGAGACAACAGAUUGGAGAAAAAGUGAUUAUCUGAGGAAAAUGGAACAAACCCUACUCAAUAGAUGA